AUGACGAUAACGAUAAAGAACGAGGAGGCAGAUGAGGUGGGAAGAGGUUAUCAAUUAAAUGGAGCAUCCACCAUCCCCACAUCCGGGUUGGUCGAAUGGUCCGGAGAGGGCCCGAAUGGACCUGCUUGCAACGGGUUAGACACAUCGAUCGGACGAGUCGCACGCCUACGGCGGUACAUGGGCUUGAAAGAAUCAUGGGCCUGUUUCCCAGCACAGUGGCUUACUGCGUCGGAGCAAUGUACUAACGGUCCGGUUGGUGGUCAGUGGCAGGCCACCUGCGCCCGUCUGCUCCGUACAAAGCACCCGGGAAGUCAACCACCUUUCCCCCCUCGACUCUACGGCUGCCACGUCGAUGUCAGGCUACACCCGUUCGGGCUUUUCUCGUCCCCAUACUCCGUACAUGCUCCUACACUACCACAAUGCUCGUCACGGCCAACUCUAGUUGGUCUUACUCCUCUGUCAGUUGGCGAUGCGCUUGCAGAUGACGAGCCAGCCGGAAGUCAAGUUGUCCCUUAUCGCGGUCGCUUGUUGUCGUAUCAGGCGCGGCAGCAGAAUAACUGA